CACUUCGCUUCUAUCCGAUUGCGCGACUUGGGUGGCGCUUCGCAGACCGUGCCACGAUGCUUCCCGACGCUCAAACGCGCUAGCGUAGUCGCAAUCACUGUACCUGCUUACAUCGCAUCGUCCAUCCCGUACGUGGUAUCGCCCACCGCCAUGCUGGUGAUGCAGUGAUCGUAUAAAUCACCGAGAAACACCGAUUAAUCGACGAUAGUGACGGUGACCAAGCAACUCUUAGAAACUGGUGAUCUUCGGUUCCUAAUCUUCUAUUCUUCGACGAGUUUCCGGUUUCGUCGUACGGUUGAGUAUUCCAGAUCUUCUUAUGAGUUGUUAUUGUUCGAUGUACGGACAAGAAGUAUGGCAGGAAGAUGAAACAACACCGUGGCAGAAGAUACAAUCUAUGUUGUGACAAUUGUUUAUCCUUGAGGCAGCGCGUCAAAUUCAUACAUACGAAACUAUAAAACGUCACGCAUUCCUUUAGCGUGUGACAGUUUAUAGUGGUCCUCCGAAAAUUAAUUUUUUGUACGUCACAAACGGCCAAAAAUUUUCGUCAAUAUAUCACAGAGGAUAAUCAAGCUCGUUAAGCUUGUUAUUUAUUCAUUCUAAUAUGGCUGGACUUGUUACAGCAAAACUCCGAAAAGCACUUGAUUCCGUCACGUAAUUUAUCUUAUUCUGCAUAUUUUAGAGCAGACUGGGUGCACAAUUUAAUUAAAAGCAAGUCUCAAACAACAUAGUCAAUGCAAGAAUAAUAAAAUCAUGUUAUGUAAUAGUAAUAUGUAAUGUGAUAUGAUAUUAUUUGACAGUUAGCGGACUCAAUUAUUCUACUAUCUGCUAUUAUUCGCAUGACAUUACGUGAAGUAAAUUGUCUGACGGACGAAUGCAACUCCAUGAAUCGCGUCUGACCUGCAUUCCUACUGUAGGAGUAAGCUCGUGACACGGCAUGAAGCUGGAUCGGAAGUAAGAAGGAACCAUCGCCAAAAAACAUGUUGCCGAAUCACUUGAUAGUGGCGGCAAUUGUACUCGCGGUUGCCACCGUCUGUCGCGCGGAGUGCCAGACUCGUUCUAUUUAUUGCUACGAAUGCGAUUCAUGGACGGAUCUCAGAUGCAAGGAUCCUUUUAAUUACACCGCACUUCCAAAGGAUCAACCACCUCUCAUGACAUGCCAUGGCUGUUGCGUGAAAAUGGUUCGCAACGCCAAGUCACCAUAUGAGAGCGUGAGGCGGACCUGCACUUCGCAACUACAAAUAAAUUUAUUCAUGGUGGACCACGUGUGCAUGAUGGAAAGUACCGGCACUGGUCACAUGUGCUUCUGUGAGGAGGAUAUGUGCAAUCGUGUGUCCCCGACCUCGUGUUCGAAUCCUACACUCCUGCUGUUCCUCUUAACGCUCCCUUUACUACGCUCGAUCUACUUAGGGAUCCUAGCUCGCUUGGUAGAACGUUGCAAUGGUCACGACGUAUAACACUGAUUUAUUCGAUUCACCUGCCAGUGAUUCCGGUCAUAUCCUUCGUAGAAUUUUAGUUUUAGUCAGCGACUUGAACUCUCGUCGAGACGAGCGGUUCUCAACAGGCACGUACGCGGUUGAAUAACACGGAACACGUUGUGUUUCUUUUCACGUUCGUACCAAACCAGAAAGGUAAGAUACGAGCUGCGUGUUCCUUGAAAGAGAAGGGAAUCGGUACAUCGUCGAUUAAUCGUACAUCGUGUCAGACCGUUUUAACCGUACAUUUCAAUUUUUGUGAAUCAAUUCAUGAAUCGAGAAUCGACGAUCCAUAUUCUCUUCUCUUCAAAGAAUUUUGCACUCUUGCUCGUCCUGAUCCUUUCUUCGGCAUAAAUCGUAACGAGAUAUCUCGACCGUGUUCUCUGUAGAUAAAUCAUCUGAUUCUCUGUCACUUUCGAUUUUGCCACGCGCUCUUCUUCUUGAUUCACAACCCCUCAAAAAUGUUUCCUGUACCACUGCGAUGGUAUCUUUAACGACAAUUUUAAUUCGCUUCGAAGUGAAAUUUAUCUUAUUGGAAGAUAGAUAGAUUUAAAAAAAAUGAAUCUUUUGCAAUUGAUAUAAACGGACAAUUUAUUAUAGAUUUUGUAGUUUCUUCGUAUUAUAAGUUUUAAACAAAUUAAACGCAGAAUGAUAAAUCAAAUUCGAACUAUCAGAAAUUUGAGCCUGAAGCGAGUAAAAAUUUAGACGCGUUCUUUAAUUCAGUGUAUGUUCCGGUGAUGUUUCUAUUUGAUCAAUGAGAUGGGAAUCCCUUUCUGACGAAGUUUUCUUGCAUGCAAUCCAGAAUCAAUCGAGACCAUCCCAUUUUUGCAACUGUCAAUCAGUUCUUUCGUUUUUUCUUCCAGUAUUGAUGUAUCUUAUAAUUAGAACUUUUUGCUACUUUUUUUCAUGACCAUUGAUCGUUACAAAGUCUUAAGCAUCAAGUUUUCUAGCUCUCAAAGCAUCUUGAUGGCCGAAUCAAGCUGCUCCCGAUACGUAAGAUAAGGAAUAGUAUUCGUCAUUAUGUCGUGGUAUUUUGAAAUGUUUUUCAUUUUUAAAGUUUUCAUUGGCUUGCUGUUUAUCUAUGUUCCAUACCAAGUUCGUCGUAUAUCUAAGCGAACGUAGAUCACGAAACUUCAAAACUUUGAAACGUAGGUAUACUGUUUGCAAUGUUGUUCGAUCAUUGCAAGAUCUUGAAGUUGUCUUGAAGUCUAAUUGUAUUACCUCAAACACACAUUUGCCGCUUUCCCAAAGAAAAUCUCCAAGUAACGGAGGAUAAUCGAGACACAGAGAGAAAGAGAAACACGAUAUACAUUCAUUAUUUUAGCGCAUAGAGGUUGACUGAUGGACAAUUUUAAUUAAUAUUAAUUCGUUACAUGUUUUAACAACAUUUCAACAUUGAAAAGUAACUUUGUAAAUGAUCAUUGAUUACGAGAACAUUGCCAAGAUCAUAAUAUAUUGAAGAUCCUUGGCACUUUCAAAGAUUUUGAUUCCAGAUAGUCAAAUUUGAGAUGUGUAACUAGUUUCUCUUUGAACACUUUCGAUCGUGAUUCAUCGAUAUCUAUGCACAUACCUUAGACUCUUAUCCAGUUGAACAAAUCGUUUCUGUAUAUCACGUACAAACGAACCAUCAGCACCUUCAACCACUCUCUGUUUCUUGUUAUACAUUGUCGUAACGAUUAUCGUACUUUUCCUCUGCUGUUCUAUGUCUCUAACGACCUUUAUACGUUUGCCUAUUUGCCAUUCUUUACGAGACACCGGUGUUUCGCGCAUCAUGCACCAUAGGACAGUGGAACGAGAAUGGCCCAUGGUACACGGAGCUUAAAGUAGAGCAACGUUCAGGCCGCAUGGUCCCAGCAUGUCCAUCCGUCAGCAACGUCAUGAGAAAGCAACGACUACAGCCAGCAAGCAUCGACAACAGAAUUUUCCAGUUCUACGUUUUUCGACUUGUUUGAAUCGCGGGCGUGUGCUUUUUCAAUUUCCAAACAAAUUAUUCUCUUUUACUUUUUCAAUUAUACGUAACAUAAUAGAAUGUUAUCAAAGGCGUUAACGUCAUUUGAUUAAAUUUCAUUACAGAAUGGAUGGGGUCGGGAUCAAUUCAUUAAAAAUUUGAUUGGGACUCGAUUGAAAUUUGCUAUAGGAUUGACAAUGAAUCAUGCAUAAGAUUGAUCGUUAAAAGGCACGCGCGCGCGGAAUGUACCACAGUAGUACCAGUGAGUUCGACAAUCACGUAUUUAGCAGAAGUGUGUUCCACACGUAGAAAAGUGCGAAUUCGAGUGCAUGGUUUGUAGCACUUUUAUUAACAGUGAAAAGGCAGAGGAAACUUUACGGACGGCUUCUGGAUGAAAGCUUUGCAGCCCGAUUAAAGUUGCGUAUUACUAUCCACGUUACGAUUUCAUCCCCUUUCCUCUGUCCCGCGACUAUCGUAUCGCCGUGCAGUAACACCUUGCAUGACACUUGCAUGAAUUUGUCGUUAGUAUUUUUUGUGAGAGACUAAAAAUCCCGUAGUCGAUGCUUCAAUAGGUAAUAGACUAUAAAAUAAAUGAAACAAAUAUAUAUAUGUAUAUAUGUAUACAUAGAACAAAUUUUGUUCGAACUUUUUCAAAAUUUUCAACAACUAUUAUUUCAAUUUAUUUUACAUAUUUAUUAUAUAUUAUUUCAACUAUUGCAAUAUUAAAUAGCGUCUUUUUACAAUAUCUGGAAAAUAAUAGAAGAAACAAUUCAAGUACGGAAAUUUCAAGUUAAAAUUCUUAUUCUAAUCAAUACGAAAGUCUGUUUCCAAAAUGAGGCUCGGCUCAGUAACAGUAACCCGAACACAGAACCUUCCAUUCCGACGAAUGCAACGCGAGGCUGACCGAAUUAAUUAAAAAGCACAACGUGGGCCUUCAGCUUCGAUCGUGCCACGCCAGUUACGCGCAUCAGCGACGUCUCGAGCGCUUUCAAGCUUCCGGAAUUAAUGUUCGAUCGCGAUCGAUCGAUUAGGCGACACGCAACGAGGAACUCGAUCGACGAAAGCGACGUUGAACUCGCUCGAGAAUACUCGUGAAUCGAGUAGCUUUACGAUCACGCAGUUUGUAAAUCUUUUUCAGGAUAUGGCUGGCACGGCCAAGUUGAACGCGCAUGUCCUCACAGAGAGGCUUCCGGUGUGGAGCCUCUUGCCAAACAAGCUUCGGUGCUUGCGAGUGAAAGCGAGCUAACCGGUGUUUCUCUGGCAAGCCAUGCGGCUCGUGUCGCGUCAUUUGUUCAUUGUCGCACGCGCGGCUGCGAGGCUAUUUUUUCGAAUCUUCUUUUCGUUCUUGCGUAUUUUUUCUGUCUGCCCCUUUUCUUUACAGUUUGUCAUUGCGCGACCGAUCUGAUCAGCGUUUGCUGAUUGCACCGCAACUCGUCGAAGGUCGAAGAGUAAUUCGAUAGAUCUUAUCAAGAUUAUUGUCAAGAACUAAAAUGUUCCUCUAUAUUUUUGGUAAGAAACGUUUGAAAUAUCGAAUUUUUAUGUAUGUAGUUUUCUUUCAUAGAUCGAUUUCAUCGAAGACAUAUGUAGAGAAUGCGAGAGUAUGUUUGAUAAAUGCAGCAGACAGGAGAUGGGAGCUGCAAUGACAACACUGACAUCAGCAUGUAACACGAAGCGAAUCUACAUUUUUAAGUUUGGCCUCGCAGCUGGAAGGAAUCCACAUAACGUUAGCGAUACAAAUAAUCAUGCGAAAUAAUGCCGGAUGCGCUCAGGCGAAACUUAAAUAGCACGAUCGAACACGAAGUGGAUCCGACGUGUUAUAUUUCCAUCAAAUCAACGAAAUCUUUAACCAACUUACUUUGUCAAGUAUUAAACGAUGAUAUUAGAUAAACUUCUAACGCAAAUUUUAAUGAUGUUUCAGAACUUCGGACGUCAGAGAUUCUUGUUCGUUUUGAUCGAGGCUGUUUCAGUUUCGAAAUAGAAAAACGAAAAAAAAGAAAAAAAACAUUAAAAAGAAAAGAAA